AUGUCUACGACUGCUGGCGCUUUUGUAGCAGGCGGUAUAGCUGCGUGCGGUGCGGUCACAGUCACCCAUGGCUUCGAAACCGUGAAGAUCCGACUACAGCUCCAAGGAGAAUUACAAUCGAAACAAGAAGCGAAGCGAUUAUACAAAGGCGUGCUCCAUGGCUAUAGCGUUAUCGUGAAGAAUGAAGGCGUACGCGGACUAUUGCGCGGACUCAGUUGUGCUUAUAUUUAUCAAAUCGCCUUGAAUGGCUGUCGUCUUGGUUUCUACGAGCCUAUUCGGGCCUCGGUGGCCGGCGCCAUCUACAAAGACCCGACCGUCCAGUCCAUUGGAGUCAAUAUCUUCUCUGGCGCAUCGUCUGGCAUCCUCGGAGCUAUGGCAGGCUCGCCGUUCUUCCUUGUCAAGACGCGCCUGCAAUCCUAUUCUCCCUUUCUCCCCGUCGGAACACAACAUCAAUACCGAAGUCCUUGGGACGGACUGGGAAAGAUCUAUUCCUCGGAGGGCUUUAAAGGAUUGUACAGAGGCGUGGGUCCCGCGAUGAUCCGGACCGGCUUUGGUUCGUCGGUGCAGUUACCGACUUAUUUUCUAGCGAAGCGAACGUUGAUGAAGCAUUUCGGCGUUCAAGACGGAACUCCCCUGCAUCUGGCGUCGUCGACCGCAAGCGGCUUCGUGGUGUGUUGCGUCAUGCAUCCUCCCGACACCGUGAUGAGCAGGAUGUACAACCAGACCGGAAACCUGUAUUCGAGUGCAUUCGACUGCUUAUACCGAACGGUCAAAACCGAGGGAUUGCUUGCGGUGUACAAGGGAUAUUUCGCCCAUUUGGCUCGGAUUCUCCCACAUACGAUCCUCACCCUCACUCUGGCCGAGCAGACGAACAAGUUGAUGAGAAAAUUCGAGGACCAAGUAUUACCGAGCAGAAGGAAGGAGAACCUGUAA